AUAUCAUUUCUUAAAUAAAAGUGUUGCCAUGACCAAGAUAAGGGGAAAAUACCUUUACCUCAUUUCUUCCCACUUGGGUUUUUGAAACAGUGGGUUGGUUAGUGAUGACAUGCAUUUUCCUGGAACAUUAACAAAAUAUAAUCUGAAAAAUAUUUAGCCUUGAUGAGACAGGAAGAGCUUCAGGCAACUGAAAUGAAACUCGUGCAUUAGAAACUUAAUAUCUAGAGUUCCAGAAGGGAGAAGAGCAGAACACAGAGGCUAUGAAGGGGAAAACUGAAAGGGAAGGGAUGUGGGGGUACAUAAACAAAACCGAGAGAGGGAAGGAAGGGGGAGUGACAUGUAACACUAAGAAUGUUUUCUUAAAGUCACAGGCAAACAUUAUUUUAUGUCCAAUAUAUACUAUACAUCAAUGUGCAUGUAUAUAUACAUAAACACUCAUACAGUCUGAAUGAAGUUACAGCACUUGGGGUGAUAAUGGCUCCCCCAAGAGCCGUAGACUAUCUAACAAAAACUGCAGCACCAGGCAAGAACUUGCCGUCUAACUGUUUGUUAGGGGGACAGAAAUACCCAAAACAAUACAGGUUACUGCUUUCGCCCUUGGUUGUCUCCCAGAACUUGAACAUCAGACCCUACUGCUGAAGACACCACACACUUAAGAAACAGGAGCUGGAGGACUGAGCUGGCACUGACCCGGAAGCCUCCCUGGAUUCUCAAGUAUGUUAAGUUGCUGUGCAAGCUGCCAAGGGAUAAGAGCAAUCAAUAGUCCUCCUCGGCUGUGAUACCUACAAACUACAACUUGGCCAGCAAGGCAAGAUAUCCCCAAGGGUGAAAUAGUGGCACUUAGAUCUUAGAGAUGUUUGAACAAAGCUUUCAAAAGGGAUUUAAGGCUAACUCAAUAAGAGAAAUCAUGUCUGGUACUAUAAACCUAGGCAGUUGUGCCGAGGUGGUGAGGCCAUGGACUCUAGAGAAGCUACUACCACUACUUUUCACAAACCAGUGUAAUUCCUAACUGCAUUAUAAAUACUUACCCUUCUGCCCAGAGCUAAGUGCCAUUCUCAUCCCUCAUCAAAGAAGCUUCCUCUUGCAGCAGAUGGAGACCUUACUAGAGAAAUCGCCAGUCUGUCAAAAUGGGAAGAGUUAGCAGACUGUGGGGUGUGCAGCCCCAAUUGAUCUAUCUACAGUACAACCCCUAACCUAAAGCUUAGGGGCCAUGUCAGAAGAGGAGCUGGAAAGAUUAUAAGCACCAAAGGACCAGGACAUUUUCUGGGAGACAGUGUCUUCAGUAUAUCACAAGGAAGCUAUAGUCACAAUGAUACCACGAGGUGACACCCCAAUAUGGAUGGAGGAAGUAUCACAAGGCCCCAUCACCAGAUGCAGAAAUACAGGCUAUUAAUAACUGCUUCAAGAGGAAGAAUCGGUGUUCUCAAGGGAUGAGCCUCCCGAUGAAUUAUCUAAUCUGAAGCAAUCAGCCCUAAAUAUAAAAAGUUACAAGCAACACCAAAUGGAUUCAGCAGGCUAUAUUUAUAUAUACACGUGGGUAUAAAAUAAUUAUUAAAAGAAGUCGUGCAUUUGAGAUGACGGCGGUACACAAGAGGAGUCUGAGCAGGGAGACAGAGGGACUGAAAUGAUAUAGAUAUAGUGCCUGUGUAUGAAAUAUUCCAAAUUGAAAAGUAACUGAGGGCAAGAUAGGAAAAAAUAUUCUCCAACAAUUCAGAUAGUCAGAAUUUAUUCUCAAAAUGAGAAUGCAGAUGGACUGGUAAUCCCAAACUCAGAGAGCAGAGGUAAAAGUAUCUGGAGAUUCAAGCCAGCCUGUCUAUGUAAUGAGACCAUGUCUCAAAACAAAACAAAAAAUGAAAAAUAAAAUCUGGUUUCACUAUAACAAAAUGAGUUCCUGCCAGGCAAUGGUGACACAUACUUGUAAUCUUAGCAGUGGAGAGGCUCACGCAGGGGGAUUCCUGUGAGUCUGAGGCCACCCUGGGUUUAUGUGGGUGAUCCUAUCUCAUAAACACAAAAACCAAACUGAUCAGUUCAUGCUGCUCCUGGAAUGAGGUGCAAGGACAAAGAACCAAGGCAUGUUAGCUUGCUCACAUUUGGCAACCCAAACAUAAACAGUAGUCUUCGAAUUUUAACAACAGUUAGUUGCUUGUACUUUUUGGUCAUCUAAACCUAAACUAAAGCAGAAGUAAACAGAUAAAACACCUACCUAAAAUAAAGAAGAACUUCACCAGAAAUAGUUUGUCCCAAUUUUUCUUCAUAUCUCAUUAAAACUACUCACUACCCAAUUUGCAAACAAAUCCACCUCUAAAUUCUCUUCACCUUACACUUAUGCCCAGGGAAUGAAAGCUCUGAUGGAAUAUCUCAACUUUCUUUCCUGCAAAUGUCUCUCCUACAGAGGCCACAGCUUGGCACUUACAAAUUAACUGUGCAUCAGCAUAUUUAUCACAAGAAAAUUUAUGUUUAUCACAAUAAAUGUAUUUAUCAAAUUAUGUAUGUUUAGGGCCAGAAGCUCAUGGUCACUUUCAUAAAAGCUAGACUUGCUCUAACUUCCUAUGCUCAAGGCCUUGGCUUUGAUCUCCAGCAACUCAGAAAGAAAAAGGGUUGGGAGUCUAGUCUCAUGAAAGAAAAACAGAGCUAAUCACAAUGAGGCAAAACUUCCCAUUCAGACCAGAUAGCUUGCUGGUCAUGCUAUUACCUCAAGAGCUGGGCUCCAUUCAGACACGAGUUAACAUGUUCUCAUUGCAGGGGAAUAGUUAAUUAUGCAACAUAAGGUAUAACUUGCUAAAUGCAUGCCUCAAUUCAUCAAGCUGUUUAAGUGAAGCUGAGAAAUACUUUCUGACUGUUUUAGCCUCAUAACUUAAAAAAUAGAUGAAAUACAUUCUUUAACUGUUUUAAAGGCACUAUUUAAAUAAUGUGUGUAUGCGAGUGUGGAAACAUGGGUCUCAUGGUGCACAUGUGCGGGUCAGUGGAUGAGUUAUGAAGUGGGUCUCGCCUUCUACCUUUACACAGGUUCUAGGGAUUGAACUUGGGGUGUCAGACCUGUGUGGCAAGCACUGUAACCUGCUGAGUCAGCUCCCUGUUUUAUGUGUGAUACAUUCAUGAAGGAAAAACUCUGAAGUCAGAUGCACAAUAACAUUUAGAUAAAUACAGAAAAAGUUAAUUACAUAAACCAAAGAAAAAAGGAAAAUAGCAGUUAUCUCUCUGUUGUUCCAAUAAUGCUAUUUUUUUCUUUCAAGAAUUUUCUAAAAUGGAGCUGGCAAGAUGGCUCAAGGGCUCUCCAGGCCCUUGCCACCAUACCUGACAACUUGAGUACAAUCGUGCAUAGUGGAAAGAAAAACCUGAUUCCUUAAAGUCUUAUAUAUCUGCACAAACAUGCUAUAUGACACAUGGGUACAUGCAUCACACAAAAUAAUAAAUGUAGAAAAAUAUUUUUCUGGUAUGAACAACAACAAAGUCAACUAUGACACAUCAGAUUCAAUUUUGUUCAUUUAAGAUGGUCUCACUCGAUAGCCUAGCCUGGUCUUCAAGUCACUAUAGAGCCCAGGCUGCCUCCAGCUGCCUCUAAUUCAUGCCUUUAGCCCUCCCUUGGACUCCCCAAUGUGGGGAUUGCAGUCUACCAGCCACUGUAUUGGGCUUUUUUUUUUUUUAAUUAACAACUAUCUUAGCAAGAAUAUAAAGUGCAACAAUAUUAUUUAAUUGUACCCAUAACUAUACUAAACAAGUAUCUGCUUAAAUACUUUACUGACUUAAGUCCUAAACUCAACAUCAUUUUCAAGCCUUUACCAUUGAUAUUUUUUAAACUAUCGUGAAACAGAACAGUCUGAGGAACUUCUAUUAACAAAAGAAAAAGCAGGCAAAGUAUUUAUAAUGGAUAAGUGAAAAUUACCUUCUCUAAAACAGUAACCAACAAUUUUGAGUUACUUAAGAUAGAUAAAAUUGUUUCUUACAAAAGAAAAAAAAACUUCCCCAGGAGACUUUCAUAUAGCUUAAACCAUUUGCAAACCACAGUUUCAUCUACGUCAGUUUGUAACAUUUUAAAACCACACAAGAAGGAAAGGAAAUUUUUAGUUCAGCAGGCAACCCUGAAAAAUGCAACUGCUAUCACUGUGGCUAACUAAACAGCCCAUGAUUCUCUGAAGAGCCGGACCCAGGCCUGCUUGGGCCAAAGAAGACACCUCCAGAUCCGUGGUUCAUUUUGUUUUUUAAUUAUUGAACUCAAGCUUCUCCCUGAAGAUGACAAACAGUUCACUGUUCUGUCCAGUUUACAGAGAUCUGGAACCAUUUACAUAUUUUUUUUACUUGGUUUUCCUCAUUGGAAUCAUUGGAAGUUGUUUUGCAACAUGGGCUUUUAUACAGAAAACCACCAAUCACAGGUGUGUGAGCAUAUACUUGAUUAAUUUGCUUACAGCUGAUUUCCUGCUCACUCUGGCAUUACCAGUAAAAAUUGUUGUUGACUUGGGUGUGGCACCCUGGAAGCUAAGGAUAUUCCACUGCCAAGUAACAGCCUGCCUCAUCUAUAUCAAUAUGUACCUGUCCAUUAUCUUCUUAGCCUUUGUCAGCAUCGAUCGCUAUCUUCAGUUAAUACACAGCUGCAAAAUAUACCGAAUACAAGAACCUGGAUUUGCAAAAAUGAUAUCAACUGUCGUGUGGUUCAUGGUUCUUCUAAUAAUGGUGCCGAACAUGGUGAUUCCCAUCAAGGACAUCGAAGAAAAGUCAAAUGUAGGUUGCAUGGAAUUUAAAAAGGAAUUUGGAAGAAACUGGCAUUUGUUAACAAAUUUCAUAUGUGUAGCUAUAUUUUUAAAUUUCUCAGCCAUCAUUUUGAUAUCCAACUUCCUUGUAAUUAGACAACUCUAUAGAAAUAGAGACGAUGCAAACUAUCCAAAUGUGAAAACAGCUCUAACUAACAUCCUCUUGGUGACAACUAGUUACAUCAUAUGCUUUGUUCCUUACCACACUGUCAGGAUCCCAUACACCCUCAGUCAGACGGAGGUCAUAUCUGAUUGCUCAACGAGGAUCUCCCUCUUCAAAGCCAAAGAGGCCACACUGCUCCUGGCUGUGUCCAAUUUGUGUUUUGAUCCAAUCCUGUACUAUCAUCUCUCAAAAGCAUUUCGACUGAAGGUCACUGAGACUUUUGCCUCGCCUAAAAAGACUAAGGCUCAGAAAGAAAAAUCAAGAUGUGAAAAUGAUGUGUAAAAUACAGGGGUCUGCAUGCUAGUUCCCGACGGAACCACAAAGCUGUUCAUAGUUUUCAAAGAUAAAGGAAGAUAAACAGUAAUAAAAGCUGCUGACAGCUAGCAAACACAGACUGGUUCCUGUGGGAAGUCCUUUUCUCAAUACAAGCCAACCCUGGACUCAGUUGCUCUAGCCCAAAUAUUUGUACAGGAAAGUUAACAGAGCAUGUUGAACCAAGGUCAACUGGGUGACCAAAGUGAGAAGAGCCAUGGCAAGGACUCAGGGGCUCAUUUCAAUGGCUGCAAAUGACUUCUUGAUGAAAAUAUGCCAAAUAAUCAGCAUCUAAGUUGCCAGAAGCCCUUCAGCUACAUGACCUUAAAGGUCUUCAGCAACCUCAAAAAAUAAAGAUAUCAAAAUA